CUCGCACAGUCUGGCUCGGACCCCGCCCAUCUUCUUGCAUCUGUAGACUUGAGAUAUUCGCCAGAGAGUCAAAAUGAAGGCAGGUCAGAGUUCAAGUCGAUAUCCAGAACUCAAAGUCUUCAUACCCUGAUCAUGCCCUCAAAACGAGAGCGACCACCGCUACUAUUCAUUGUGCAAGACUCCGAAAGCUACCCAUUACCCAAGUCCUCGUCCUCGAAAAACUAUCAAUCCUUCGCUAUAGCCUCGCAUGUCGCGUCACGGUAUAACCGCUGGACCAAGAGAACCCGGAAAGAUCUACGACUCGACCCGACCACAGAAGCAAUUCUAGCCCCGAAAUCCCCGGUCCCCAAGUCUUUAUCAGCAGCAACCUCCACCAGCAGCGCAGCCUCCGAGGACGAAAAGGGGAGUCCGAGGAUUGGUAAGCGCGGUGCCGAACGUGAAGUUGCCAACAAUCAUUGGUUUACCGUGGCUGAGAGCAGUGCACGAUUGCCUGCAUCGGCCAGAAAAGCCCCUUCUGAGAGGGCAUGGGAAGGAGCCCUGCUCAAAUUUGAAGAAUUCGUCUCGACUCGGCUACAGAAUCUGGGAUCCCAGUUCCUCGAUCCUUUCGUUUCGCUGAACUACGACGCCGAGAUCAAGGCGAACCUAUACUUCUACUUCAACACCAUCCGACCUUUUGCGACACAUGUCAUUCCCAAAUGGAACUGGUGUGGGAGUCUCUCCCAAAUCCAAGCAUCGCCCGUGUUGACAUAUGCCGUUGCGACGUUUGCUUCAAUCUUUCUGUCUGGUAUGCUAAGAGGCGGUCCUGGCGUCGUCCUACCACCUCCGACAGAGAAAGGGCAAAAAUCGAAAUGGCCCAUUCCGCCGUGGUUACGCCUUCAUACAAAAUGUCUGGUCGAGCUCAACUCCAUUUUGCGAGAUCCAGCCAAAUCAGUGGACGAGUCCUGCUACCAUGCAGUAUUAUUCCUGUACAGGCUGUCCCUCCUCUUAGCAGACGGCGAAAGUGGUCGUAUGCACUUCCAAGGUCUCAGACGUAUCUCCACGCUCCUAGGCUACGACGAAGCUCCCCUUGAAACAGAACUAGCCGUCACGAAAGUAAACAUAAUCGGAGCGUACCUGCACAGCUCCUCUAUCGUGCUGGUCCGCAAACACAACACUUCCCAGCUCGGUCAGCCGCACGUGCGCUCAGAAGUCGAAAUUGACCGACACCUCUGGCCCAGCGAGCGUGAAUGGUUCUCUCACCGCGCCCAUCUCGCCGGAAGAGCCCUCGCAUGGCGCUCCGAAUCCCCGUCCGCCGACUUGCAACCCGAGUCUGCAUUUGCCAUUGCACGCAUGGACCCUCAGUCCUCGCUCCUCCACCCACUCGACCUCCAGGAAUUGCAACGCUGCUACCAGAUCAGCGUCUUCUUCUGGAUGUACCUGAACGCCAUCUCCUUCAACACCUCCGCGCUGAUCGUUCGGUCGAAUCUUCUCGAACUGCAAAACAGAUUGUCCAACAUGGACCUGUUCACGAUGAGCUCCGUGUGCUACACGACGCUGUUCAACGUCCUCCUUGCAGGCACAAACGCCGCGUACGGACAUCCGGAGCGGUGGUGGUUCGUGCGCAAGAUCAUAGAACUGUAUCCCGACGUGCAGUUACUGGAUACCGUGUACCAACUUCUGGCUGAUUUCUUCGAUCCGCUUGCGCUGAAUUUCAAUGUGCUGCAGGACAUUUGGGACGACGUCGUCCGUGUGAGAGGAUCUUUCGGCCACGGUUCUGCAACCAACUCCCAGGAAAAUAGUCUACCGAGCAACAAGGUCGUCCGGCCGGUGAAGCACUACAGGCCGACGACGUAUGCGCCGGAUCUCAAAAAACCCACAGUAGUACUGGAGAUUGCUGAGGGUGAGGAGGAUUCCCUUGAGGAUCGGCUGCAUAAAGUGGCCGGCGAUUAUACCGGGCGUCAGGCUCGAUUGCAAUAUGGCCCUCAUCCUGGGCCGCCUAGGUCAUAAUGGCGCUUGUAUCGACCAUCGACUGCUUACGAGACAUGCACCAUCAACGAAUCCACAAGGGAUCUUGCACUGCCAAGUUCACUUCCCCCGCACAUCUGUCGAGAAAAAGAAAAGUGCGACGUGGUCGAUUGAUGGCGAAGCGUGUAUAAGUCGGAAACUUGAGACGAUGUGGGAAUGUCAUGUGUACAACAUGAAGAGUACAUUGAGAAGCAGAAAUGCUAAGAGACGACAGAGGCUUGAUGGGGGCAACCUGGCCCACUCAGAAGAAUAUUCGUAUUCUCCGAGUUUGGCAUCUUGGGCCAUUCAUCCUAUCAAUUCUACGUACAAGGAACAGCUGCUGGCCAGCUUGUCAUGAUUCGUUCAUCCUGUACCCGGGACCUCAAGAGAUAUGAUGAGGUCAAUCCUUGGCUUGCGCUCUCUUCCUCUUGAUAGCACGACAGCUGAGUGGCCCAUGUUGUUAUUAGGGAAGAACCUCUCGAAGGCCAUCUU